CCUAGCUAGCUUACAUACAUAAUGCUUACACUCGCACGAACACAAAAAGUUAGCCACUACCUAUAGCAUAGUUAUUAUUACUAUCAUGUAUAAUUAAGCACAUAACAAGGAACAUACAUGUAAAACCACACAUUCACCUGUCCUUCUCAACCAAAAAGCUAUGCUAUCAUCAACAUAUUGAAAAGAAAACAUCACAUUUCUUUUCCCACUUUCUCUAUGUCUCUCUUAUAAUUCAAAAUUUAUAUAUCAAUAGAUGACAAGUCUCUCUCAAAUAAAAGAGUCUUAAUUAAUUCAACUUUGUUUUCCUUUUGUUGAUGCAGCCAGCUAGCUUAUUAAAAUUGACAUACACAAGAAAGGAGAAGAGCUAACUUGUCCUUCUCAAGCUCCAGUCCCACCAUAUAGCCACCUUCUUAUCAAGCUGUUUUAAGAUGCAACCUUCUGGCAAUUACAGCCCCAAUAAUUCCAGUUCCUCUUCUUACUUCAACAUUGAUAUUCCAUCUCCUUAUAUGCAAUACGAACCCGAAUUUGUCCAAUAUUUCCAUGACCUUCAUUUCUCCCAACCCCCUCAUGAUCAGUAUAAUCUCGAUACCAGUAUUAUGGUAGAAGAAGAUUCCAACAAAUUAGACAAACAGGAAGAAGAAGAUCAUGAAGAAUUAGUACUAAAAAGCAGCAAGAACAAGAAGGAUGAGAUGAGCAGUACCACUACUAGUACUAUUCGUAGGAAAAACAACAAGUGCGUUGCUGGUGCGGGUGCGGGUGCUGGUGCUGCAAAGAAAGAUAGACACAGCAAGAUUAACACGGCUCACGGCCCUAGAGACCGAAGAAUGAGACUUUCACUCGAAAUAGCUCGCAAAUUCUUCAAUUUGCAAGACAUGCUUGGGUUCGAUAAGGCCAGUAAAACAGUGGAGUGGCUACUCACAAAGUCAAAAUCAGCAAUCAACGAGCUCGUUCAAAAAAUAAACAAAGAAAACUGCAACGGCACUACAUCAAUUAGUGCAUCGUCUCCUUCUGAGUCGUGUGAAGUUAUAUCUGGUGUAAUCAACGAAUCAGCAACUACUAAUACUACUAAUAAUGUUGUUCACAAGCAACAAAAGAAGAAGGUUAAGUCGACUCGUAGGACAAUAUUUCAUCCAGUUGUUGCAAAGGAAUCGAGGAAUCAAGCUAGAGCAAGGGCAAGGGAAAGAACAAAAAUAAAGAAUAGCCUAAAUAAUAAGAAUAAUAUUGGUGAAUCCAUGGAUGAUGAUCAUCAAUCAGGUAUUCAAGGCUAUAAAACUAACAAUGUUAUGAAUGUUGUUGAUAACUUUAAUUUGGUGGAUACUGGCAAUUGGAGCCCAUUUAUCUUCAACUAUCAUGACAUCAAUACAGAAAUUUCUCAAGAGCAUCAAUUGAUGAACUUCCAGUAUUCUGGGAAGUUAUGGGAAGCUUAAUUAGGGCAAGGAUAUUCUACUUAGCUUGUUGAUUUAGUGCAACUCCAGAAGAAGGCUAUUUGGUCAUGUUGGUAAUGUAGAAUGAAUUUGUCAAUUUUAUUAUAUUGUGUGUAUUAAUUCCAUGAAAACAACUUAAUUUAUAAA